GGCCGCUGGCGGCGGGGGAGGCCGCGGGGCUGCCGCUCAGCUGACGGGCGAGUCCAAGUGCCGAGGGGCCGGGGCGGCUCCCCGCCCUGUGCCGGCUCCAGGCCCCUCCUCCCCCUUCCCCGCCACCAGGUGGUUCCGCCCCCGCCCCCCGGAGCGCCGGGCGGGGCUCCAGCGUCGGAGAAGAGCGGCCGGGAAGGAGAGAGGAGCCGGCGGCGGCGGGGACAGAGCGGUGCCCGCGCCCCCGAAGACCCGCGCCCCGGAGCACGGCGGCCCGCGCCGGCCCCCGCCCGAGGCACACGCGCCCCGCCCCGCGGCUCCGGCGGGAUGAGCGGCGGCGAGCUCGCAGGUGGGAGGCGGCCGGGCUCGGGGUCGCCCCCCCGCGCCGAUCGCUCUCCCCCCGCCUCUCCCCCUGCAGGUGCCAGCCCCGGCUACCCCGGACCCGAGGAGCCGCCACAGAAAAGACAAAGAACCGUGGAGGACUUCAACCAGUUCUGCACCUUCGUGCUGGCCUAUGCUGGCUACAUCCCCUACCCCGAGGAGAAUGAACCCUGGACCCUUGGAGGCAGCAUGAGUCCCCAGAACAGCACAGGCAGCACUCAGGACAGUGACAGCUGGGCCUCAUCCCAUUCCUCUGAUUCCCAAGUCCUGCCAGAUGAGGGGAGGAUCAGGAAUGCCAAGUACAAAGGGGGCAACCUGUUCCUGAACUGCCCUGACUUCCCCAGCAGUUUCUAUGCAGCCCGACCCCAGCAAACCAAGAAAAAGAAACUGUCUGCAAAGAAGCUCAUCUUGGAUCAAGAGAUGGAACAGAAGAUGACACUGGCUGGCACGAAGAAUUUAAGUGAUGUUCAACCGCAAAGGAGAGAGUCGGCUGUAUUAGAGGAGCAGGCGCCUUACGUAAUGGCAAAAUGUCUCGAGUCCUUGGUUGUCCCAGCUGGUGAGCUCCGACCCAAGUCCCUGCUGGAGGAGUUUAUGAAGGAAGAAAAGGAUUGGACACAAGGGGUUCAGGGGAGUGAGGUGCCAGUAGGAGGCUAUUUUCGACCAAAGGAGCAGGAAUCAUGCCCUGAGGAGAGGAGGAGCUCCAGCUGUCAGAAUACCUUGGAUCACAGCAAAGAGGAGGAGGGUACAAGCAGUGUCCGCUCCCAGCUCAAUUCUUCACCUGUAGAAUUCAUGGUGGCACCUCCCAACACCAAAUCAGAAGAGGAUGAUGCUUGGGACCUGAUAACCUGCUUCUGCCUGAAGCCCUUUGCAGGGAGACCCAUGAUAGAGUGUAACGAAUGCACCACCUGGAUCCAUCUCUCUUGUGCCAAGAUUCGCAAAUCCAAUGUGCCUGAGGUCUUCAUCUGCCAGAGAUGCCGUGACGCCAAACAGGAGAUCCGUCGCUCAAACCGAGCCAGGACAGUGCCCCGCAAACGCUUCUGUGACUGAUUCUCUCCCCUAGAGACACGGUGAUUGUGGGUGGGGGCCCUUUGUUCUAAGACUAUAGCCCAAGUUGGCUAGACAAUCGAUACACAGUGACCAUAGGAGGCCGGUGGCACUGGAAAGGGGGAGCAUUUUUGCUGGGCAUGCCCCCUGUACUUCCAACUCUAGGAAGCUGGCAUGUUGAGACUCAAUCUUUCUCUUGUGGGGGUCAUGUAAACUAUGCAGUUGAGACAUCAGUUUUGCGAAUGCAGUGGGGUCCAGCAAGAGAAGUGUGUCUCUGAAUGGAAUCCAGUGCAGUAGGUCAGCCAGAAACCUGCCUGUUGUCUCACAAACAGGGCUCAGUGCUUUUCCCCCAGGCACUCCAGGAGAGCCUACUCCAAGUAGUUUCCCUCUGGUAUGGUGGCUGCUUAGACUUAUCCCAUCGGUGCCCAAUUCCUUUCCUGACAACCUCUUAAGAGUGAGUUUAGUGCUGGUGAAAGUUGUCACCUGGCUAGCGCCCCCCUGACUAAUGUCCUCUUUAAUCUGGGCUGUAUCUGCUUUGUUGAGUGCACAAGCUUCUCCCUCUACAAACCAUGCUCUGGAGUGACACCCUCUCGGGGAGGAAAAGGAAGUUGUCCUCUGUGCUCUCAUGGCCCCGCAAUUCUAGUGAGGUGAACACCUGAGUUGAGCACCCCGCCUUCAAACUUGCUUCAUGUGAGUAAGCAAAGAGGAGCCCCUUGAUCUGAGUGCACUCACUACCUCCAGAGGUUUGGCAGAGAGGGGCAGUGUGCAGUUACUGUAAAUAUUAAUGGAGUGACUGUAAAUAAUUUGUAACAGAUGUUUAGAAAAUUAUAAAACAAUUCUUGCUAAACUGUAAAAUGGAAUCCUCUGCUCCCAAACUUCCAGUUGCACUGUAGUCUCCUGUAUGAGGGGAUUUAAGGAGUUGUGGCAGGAGACCAAAACAGUUUUGGGGGGGAACCCUUGGAAACUCAUGAGGGAGAGGGUGAGGCCACAGGCAGACCCUAAGCAAAAGCAGAUCUCAUCCUCUGGGAAUGGCUCUCAAGACUUCCCCUGCUGUUCUGCACUGGGCUGUCUCCCAGGAAGCAUCUUUGGUGAAGGUGUGGUGGAUGAUGUGAACAAAGUCCUGACAGAGCAGAAAGUGAAGCUUCUGUCUGAAUUGUCCAGUCCCCUGAAGAAUUCUCCUGUGUUAGCCAUCUAGGCUCCUCAGUAAAGUUUGGGGAAUGUUAGUGUCUCAGACAGAUUAGGGGGUCUUUUGCCUUGAGCCUCAUCCACUAUGCAAAUUGCUGCCUCUUAGAUGGGAUGUGCCUGCUAUGAGCACACCUUUAUGUUUCUAGACAGGAUACUUGGUCUUCUGUCUCCCUUGCCUCAGGGAGGACAUGGCUGAGCUGGCUGGUCUCUAGGGGCUCCACAUGCACUAAGGUAUUAGAUUCCAUCUUCUAAUUCUCCUUGUAUACCCCCCACCAAAGAACCAGACCCAUGUGCCUUCUGCAUUUCAAAGAUGCUACUCCCCCUGUGCUGGAGGCACUUGAUUUAGUCAUAUAAACUGCAGGUGUGCUGACUCCUGUGCUACAUGUUGGUACUGAGCUGGGCCUCUGCUGCUUGGGGUGACUGAGGGGUGUGGGGAGAUGAAAGGAACCUCUCUAUUUUUCCAAACUUGUGUACUCAGCUGCCAUGAGACAUCUUCAUCAGUCAGCAACGUCCUUCUCCUGUAGGGGGAAAUCUAGGCCCCUGAAAUGCUUUACACUUUUAUAGUUUGUAGUAACUUUUAUUGAAAUUAUGUAAAAUACAAAUUCUUAAGAGUGUGGGUGGAAUAAUAUGUAUAUAAUAAAGUACUUUUGCCAUAA